ACUUUGAAUCAAAUACAAAAACUACUCUGCCAAGAAACAAGCCCCACCUCAACACUCACCCCAUCAUUGCCACCAAGAAAAAGAACAAUACUCACACCCACAAACUCAAAAUAACAAUAACAAUUCAAACAUUCCUUCAACAUCUUUCAUUUAUUUGUCUUUUAAUAGUUGAUUUUCCCUGUUUUUUUUUCCCAGUUUAGUUGUGUGUUUUAGGACUAAUAUACAAGGAAAUGGAGACGGGGGCUUCUUUUGCUGUUGAGUGAGUGGACUUGGCUGCUGGGUUGUUUCUGGUUUUGUGCAUAAUGGGAAAUUGUUGGUUUAGGUCGGAAUAUGCAAUAUACAGGGUCUCUUCCAACACAAAGUCAGAGUCUCCAAAAGAUCAGAGUCCAUCAGUGAAGGAAAGGAAUGAUGACCGUAAGCUACCAUCAAAUCCUGAAGAAGUAGAAUACCUUCGUCGUAGUUCAGCGGCAAAUCCAUUGAUUGUGUUCACAUUUGAAGAACUUAAAACAAUCACUGGAAACUUUAGACAAGAUCACAUGUUGGGUGGAGGAGGAUUUGGAAAUGUUUACAAGGGGUUCAUUUUUGAAAAUGUAAGGGAGGGGCUUGAUCCCAUUCCCGUGGCUGUUAAGGUUCAUGAUGGCGAUAAUAGUUAUCAAGGCCAUAGAGAAUGGCUGGCCGAAGUGAUAUUUCUUGGGCAUCUUUCUCAUCCAAAUUUGGUGAAAUUAAUUGGAUACUGUUGUGAAGAUGAACACCGGGUCUUAAUUUAUGAGUAUAUGGCUCGGGGCAGUGUGGAAAACAAUCUAUUUUCAAGAGUGCUGCUUCCUCUUCCAUGGUUUAUUAGAAUGAAGAUUGCAUUUGGUGCCGCUAAAGGACUUGCCUUUCUCCAUGAAGCUGAGAAACCUGUCAUCUACCGUGACUUUAAGACAUCUAAUAUAUUGUUAGACCAGGACUACAAUGCAAAACUCUCAGACUUUGGCCUUGCAAAAGAUGGACCAGUGGGAGAUAAAUCUCACGUUUCUACCCGCAUAAUGGGAACAUAUGGGUAUGCAGCCCCUGAAUACAUUAUGACAGGCCAUCUGACUCCUAGGAGUGAUGUUUACAGCUUUGGUGUCGUUCUUCUCGAGCUUCUCACAGGAAGAAAAUCACUAGACAAAUCACGACCAGCCCGAGAACAGAAUCUUACAGAUUGGGCUCUCCCUUUGCUUAGAGAGAAGAAAAAAUUGCUCAACAUUGUAGAUCCAAGAUUGGAAGGAGAUUAUCCAACAAAAGGAGUUCACAAGGCAGCCAUGCUGGCCUACCAUUGCCUAAACCGUAAUCCAAAAGCAAGGCCUUUGAUGCGAGACAUAGUAGAUUCCUUAGAGCCUCUUCAGGUUACUAGCGAGGUUUCAACAGGAGAGAAGUCUACAUUGUCCGUGAUUAGUGAUAAAACAAAUGCAGAACAUCAAAAAAAAGGUGCCUUCUGAACAUUAGUUCUUUUUUUUUUUUCACACUGCUUGCUUUUAUUCAUCAGUGUUGUUCUGGAUGAUGUAUAACUUGUGUUAGACAGAGUGAGGCUUGAUUUUUUUUUUCUUUCUGGUAAAUAAUGUUUUACAGUCUCAGGCAGUUGGUUCUAUAGGGGAACACAUCAUUAAUCUAAAUGGGUAUACGUUUGUAAGAGAUUAGCUUUCCACAAUGACAGUCAGCCUUGGGAUGGGUGUUUUGAAAUUGCUUAUAAUGUAAUUGCCAGAGUUGGAUACCAUGGGACUAAUUGAAAUUGUCCUGCUUCGAUGAAAGGAAGAGGUCA